AUGGAAACUCUUGAGAGAGAGGAACUUUGUUUUCCACAGCUCAACAACUCUUGCAGAAAGCCAUUGAAACGUCACGCUGAGAACACUUUUCUUUAUAUUCUGCUCUCAUGUAUUGCUGUGAUAACUGUGACCUUCAACCUGCUGGUCAUCAUUGCAGUCUUCCACUUCAGGAAGCUCCAAACCCCCACCAACCUGCUCCUCCUCUCACUGGCUGUCUCAGACUUUCUUGUUGGACUCCUGUUGAUGCCGAUUCAAAUCCCAGAGAUAGGAGGCUGCUUGGUUUUUGGAAGUUUUGGCUGUGCAAUGUUUAAUUAUGCUUCAUAUAUCAUUACAUCUGCCUCUGUAGGAAACAUGGUGCUAAUAUCAGUGGACCGAUACGUGGCCAUCUGUGAGCCUUUGUCUUAUCCCAUGAAAGUCACUAGAAGAAGGGUUCAAGUCUGUAUUUGUCUGUGUUGGGGAUCCUCUGUGUUCUAUAAUGGUUUGAUACUAAAGGAGAACAUUGAAGAUCCAGAAAAACAUAAUCCAUGCUACGGAGAAUGCAUAUAUCUUAUUGAUCUAUUACCAGGAGCUUUUGAUACCAUAUUGACAUUUAUAGCUCCUGUUACAGUCAUCAUAGUUCUGUACAUGAGAGUGUUUUUAGUUGCUGUGUCACAAGCACGGGCCAUGAGGUCUCAAAUUACAGCUAUCACUAUGAAAGGUUCAGUUUGUAUAACAGCUAAGAAGUCUGAGAAAAAAGCAGCCACGGCUCUUGGUGGGGUUGUGAUUGUGUUUCUGUUUUCUUUCUGUCCUUAUUUUUGCCUUUCUCUUAUUGGUGAAAACAUAGAAAAUGAAGCAGAGUCUAUCUUGGGGACAUGGUUGCUUUACAUUAACUCGUGUAUAAAUCCAAUCAUAUAUGCCCUAUUUUAUCCCUGGUUUAGGAAGUCUGUUAAAUUAAUUCUAACUCUUAAAAUACUGAGACACAAGUCAUGUGAUAUAAACCCAGUGGACAGAGGCUUUUAG